GUCAAAAAAAGGCUAAACUGAACUCUCUUUAAUGGCUCCUCUUCUUCUGUCAAUUGUAUGAGGAAAUCUUCACUGAGAUCAUCACCAACUACAACCUAAAAUAGAUACAUUUACACAUUCUCACACAGCUAGAUACAAUACCCAACACUGUCUCUCUUAUCUGCAUCUUAAGGUACCCACCACAAAAUCUCAAUUAUAUACAAAAAGUAGUACUAUCAUUGCCAUCACCAAUGCUGCUAAGAAGUUCCAUUUCCAGCACAAAGAAGUUCUUCCAAAAGACUAUAAAGAACUUCAAGUCUUUCUUCUCACCAGGUUACCAAAGGCUUCCAAAAGCUUCUCCUUACAACCCCUUAUCUUAUUAUGUGGCUGCACCAAGCGCCAUAGACACCAACAGCAACACAAGUUAUCAAGAUAUGGAGAAGUUGUACACUGACUUCAAUGACCAAUGGGAAUCAGAAAAAGAGAAAGCAAGAAGAAGGAUCAAGAAGAAAGAUGCGUUGUUAUCAUCACCAGCAACAAAGCAAGAAAAUAAUGAGGUUUAUAGUGGAAGUUACAUUAGCUUGUCCAAUGCAAGCCCAGCUCAGAAGAAGAAUAAGGUGGAGAAAAAAGAAGAAUUUGAUAACCAAAAUGAUCAGAGGAAAAUGACCCUUGAAAAGGGUAGGCAGAAAGAUUCGUCAUUCAUUUCAAUGGGUGUGAAAGAACACAGAUACUGCAUGGUGGAACAGAAGCUGAGGGAGUUGGAGAUGUUGGACAUGAACAAUAUGGAAUAUGUGUUGGACAUUGAAGAGGUUCUUCAUUACUAUUCUCAACUCACUUGUCCAGCAUAUCUUGAAAUUGUGGAUAAGUUCUUCACGGAAAUGUACUCGGAGUUGUUUGGUUCAGUGUGGACUGCUACACCUCGCAGUGUUAACUCUAGGCAAAAGCUGAGAUAUCAGUGA